AGUACAGCCUGAUGCUAUCGUAAAAACCAAUAGAAAUAAAGCACGCAUAGACUGACACUGACAUCAUAUUGGCCUGAUGUAGCUCAGCGACCGGGGAAUGACCCCACGAAUAAGCGACGCUUCAAUUCUAAUAAGGCUUUUUAUCCGCGGGGUCAGCCCAGACCGAAUGCGCCCGACACGAUGGUUCGAUGGUCCCACACGAUGUCAGCCCAUCAUCGCCCAUCAUCACCCAUCAUCGCUUCAUUCCUAGUGUUACAGAAAAAAAAGAAUUGGUAUUUCUUUUUCCAUAUUCAUUCAGGUGCUUUAUAAAAUUCGAAUUCAGUUUCUUCUGUUUUUAUUUAAUUCACUGUCGAUUGCUAUUCUCUCUUACAGCUCAGCUUCUUUAUCAAGUAGAACUUUUGCUUCUCCUUAAAUACAACUAAAUUUAGAGUUAUUCAAGCACGAAAUUCGGCUUCAAGGAUUAACAUUCUCCACAAUGGGACCCUCAGCACGUCCUCGGCAGCAUAUCGAUCGGAAAGAUCUGUAUACAAAUCUCGAGGCGCGAAUACAGUAUCUCCACUCAUUUAUCGAUUUCAGUUCGAAUGAUAUCGAAGCCUUGGUGACAGGCUCGAGAUACAUAAAACAGCUUAUUCCGGCCAUCGUCAAUAUUGUCUACCAGAAACUUCUGCAGUAUGACAUUACGACGAGAGCCUUAGCAACCCGGAGUACUAGCUAUGAGGGACCGGUGGAUGAGAAUCUAGACGAAAAUAGCCCGCAAAUAUUACAUCGCAAAAUGUUCCUGAGGGCGUACCUAUCGAAGUUAUGUUCAGACCCUAGCACGAUGGAAUUUUGGGAGUAUCUGGACAAAGUAGGUAUGAUGCAUACUGGUCGUGGACGUGAACACCCCCUACACGUCGAAUAUGUCCAUAUUGGGGCAUGUCUCGCCUUCAUCCAAGACACUUUUACAGAGGCGCUUCUUUCGCACCCGCGCCUACGGUCGGACAAGAAGAUCGCUCUAGUAAGGGCAAUCGGUAAGGUCAUCUGGGUCCAGAACGACCUUUUCGCGAAGUGGUAUGUGCGCGACGGCGACGAGUUCGCAGAUGAGAUAGAGAAGCAGAUAGUCGAACCGGAAGGAUUCCUGCACGGGAAGAAGAUAUUAGAGGACAUCGAGGAGGGCGUUCCAUCGUCUCCCUCGUGUCCCUUCACAGGGUUUUCUGCCGCAGCAAAGGCAGACGCAUGCAAUGGAUGUGGGGAGAAUGGCGAGAAAGAGAAUGGGUGCACAUCAUCAUUACCUAUACGAACGCAUGUCGAAACGAAUUGAAGUUGCACAUUACGAUCAGCAUCAUGAAUUCGUUUUCUGGCUUCAAGCUCAAGUGGGCUGCAAUUAAAGGGCAAGGAACUAUGUCAUCGGCAUACAGUGGCGUCAAAGGAUAGUGGGCUUGGUGGAAUCACCCGGGCAUCAUUGUGGCAGCAUCAUAGCAGCGUAAAUAUACGUGCUUUCAUUAUGGGCGCCCAGGUUAAAUAUGAGUCCCUUCAGUUUCACAGUGUUGCGUGUCAUGAUAUAUUGUGUCGCCUUGUGAGUUUAUACCAGACGUGAGGAGUGCCCAGCUCCCAAAUAUUGAGAAUUCAAACAUAAUGAAUACCAGAAACUAAUACAGACUACCUAAUGACACGACAGACGAGAAAACCAUAAUACCCGAAUAAUAGAAUGAGAAAAGAAAUCCCUGAAAAAGAAGGAUGUAUUCCCCUACCACAUACCUCAUUUUACCACUUUAUCACCAUUUUAUGUAACGACUUGCUCGAUAGCCCUCGUGAGAUAACCCUAACGCUCCUUAGCGGGGGAGACGGGAGACCAAGUCCCUUUUAGUGGUCUUCUUUCGACGUCGAGACUUCCAUGUCGUCG